CAAAGACAUUUGCUGUUUUAAUUACGUGGCUAUAGAUCUUACGAGGAAGCUAAUUUGGCCGCCAUUUUAAACGGAGUUGAAAGUGAGAAGCUGUCUUGCUCCCUGCCAUCUCUACCAACACAAGCAUACCAUGGAUGAUGAUGGAAAUGUUGUUCGACUGCGUGGACUGCCCUGGUCAUCCUCGCCAGAUGAUAUUUACAGUUUUUUUGGAGACUCUGUGAACAUUGUACCAGACGGUGUGCACUUCACAUUUUCGCGAGAAGGUCGGCCAAGUGGUGAGUGCUUUGUGGAAGUCGUUAGCGAGCAGGAUGUAGAGAAGGCUCUGGAGAGACACAAAGAUCACAUGGGCCAGAGAUAUAUAGAAGUUUUUCAUUCAAAACGAAGUGAAAUGGACUGGGUAGUAAAACGUUCUGGCAGAAAUCAGCCCGAGUCCAAAGAGGCAGUCUUGCGUUUGCGUGGCUUACCUUUUGGAUGCUCAAAGGAAGAGAUUAUGCAGUUCUUUUCAGGAUUGGAGAUUGUCCCCAAUGGGAUUAUGCUACAAGAGGAUCGACAGGGGCGAGCUACUGGGGAGGCUUACGUACAAUUUGCAAGCUCUGACUGCGCGGAGAAGGCUUUACUCAAACACAAAGAAAGAAUUGGGCACAGGUACAUAGAGAUUUUCAAGAGCAGUCUUAACGAGGCGUCUGCGUGUAUAGGUUACGGCCCCAAGCCCCGGUCUCUACUGGCCCCCAGUAUGGGAGGAGCCAUGCGUCCUGGCCCCUACAACCGCAAUGUGGCCAUGGGCGGCGGGGUGGGAAUGGGUGUGGGAUAUGGGCGCGGGCGAGGAGGUCGCAAUCUCAAAGGUUUCUAUGAGGAUGACUAUGAGGAUGACAUGGGUUUUGCAGGCAACAUGGGCGGCGGUGGCGGAGGGCGCAUGGGGAUGGGCAAUAUGGCUGGAGUUCAGGAGUACAGGCAAGAUUUCAGUUCCAAGGUUCAGGAGUACAGACAAGAUUUCAGUUCCAAGGCCGGUAUGGGCAUGAAUCGCCGCGGUAACAUGCGACAGCCGAGGAUCAUGGGAGGUGGAGCGGGGCGGAUGCCGUCGGGUGGAGGUCCCAACAUGGGCAUGGGGGGAGGUGGUUUGCAGGCCAUGGGAGGAAGCUAUGUCAGCAAGACUGGACACUCUGUGCACAUGAGGGGCCUGCCCUUCCAGGCUGAUGAACAGGAUGUGGCUGAUUUCUUCUCUCCGCUGGUGCCGGUGAAGGUGGAGUUUGACUACAAUGCAGCAGGCAAGCCCACAGGGGAGGCCAAUGUGGAUUUCUCCACCCACGCGGAGGCCAAGGAGGCCAUGAAGAAGCACAAGGCUAACAUGCAGCACCGGUACAUAGAGCUGUUCCUGAACUCUGUGCCUGGUAACCGUAGUGAUGGCAUGUAUCCGGGGGACGGGUUUGAUGGGGACGAGGACAUGGACAUGAUGGGGGGCAUGCAGGGCAACAUGAUGAUGAGGAAAGUCAACCUAUGUGCUUUAGGAGCAGGGGAUGGAAACAUGGGUGGCGGUUUUGGUGGCAACAUGAAAAUGGAAGGUGGCUUCAACAGCAUGGGAGGGGGAAUGGGCAUGCGUAACCGAAUGAACAAUCCAAACUACACAGCAUUCUGAUGACCCAUACAGAAGAUAGUAUCAACGGGACUUGAAUAUUGAAACAGAAUUCCAGAAAGUUUUUAUUUGAAAGUCUGUGUUUACUAUGCAGUUUUAGCCUUAUACCAAGUAGGAAUCAAUGACAAUGAGCUAUGUGCACAUUUAAUUAUGAAGAAAUUGGUUAGAACAGUACUCACAAUAAUAACAGCGUUUUCAAUUUUUCAAUAUCAUGUGGGGGUUUUGCAAGCUCAUAUUGAAGUAAGCUUGCUGCAAAAAAUGUACGCAUAUAAAAUAUUAUACAGUUAAUUGUUAGGUGUGUCAAUAAAACAAGUGAUUAUGAAGUUGACCUCAAAUUAACUUUGUUUAUGAGUGAAAACCUAUCUGAUUCUGUUAUAGAUGCUGUACGCAGUUUUAUGAAAAAUGGUAAACAAAUUAGCAAUUUGUUUUUGGUACUUUGAAAAGCCAUAAAUUGAAAUAGACAUUUUUGACAUUUGUCAUAUUGUUUUUACUAUCAAUUCAUCUGAGCAUCCUUUGUGAAUAUGACUUGACAUUGUUUAUCUCAUUUGUAAUAUGUGUAAUACCAUUUAGACAUGGAAAAUAACACAAUAAUAAACUAA